AAAUUAUUCAACAUUCAUAUUCACAAUUAUAGUAAAAGUUAAGGCCGUCAUCGUAUCAUGUAUCUCGCAGGAAAAUGUAGAUGGAACAAAGCCAGAAUCAACUCAAAACAUGGGUAUCAAGACAGGCAACACAGACAGAGGGAAAAAAAAAAAAUAAAAAAAAAUAAAAAAAAAGAGCAGAAAAGAAGAGAAGAAAGAAAAAAAAGAAAAAUCCAACCAUCAAAAGGUGGGCAAGACAGGCUAACAUGCCAGAAGGGCUCAUCUAGCUGAUGCGGGAGAGCAUGCAGAUGCGCAGAGAGUAAAACAAAAUUAAAAGUAGUAAUCU